GUAGUAGUAUUAGUAGUAGUAGUAGUAGUAGUAGUAGUUUGGGCUGAACUAUGGAUGUAACAAUUAAAAUCAGAACAGCAACAGAGUUUUCUUUCAGUUUAAUAAACAAACAGAAUGAAUUGGUAGGAUUUAAUCUGUGAAUCCGGAGCAGCAGAUGGAGGUAGCGCGCUGGCUGCUAACUGUCGUAAAAACCACAGAAGAAGAAAACCGUUGAUGGCAGACACCGGCAGGUUCAGGUCGCAUUCGUCAUAUACAGAAACAACUCUUCAUGGAGAAGUUUGACGAGGACACAGUGAAGGUGUCAUUUGGGACAAAGUGCCUGGAUGCUGCCUUGUGUUUCCCCGCCUCAGAUCAAGAUGUCCAUACAGCUGUUAUUCUCACACAUGGAGCUGGUGGAGACAUGAACUUCAGACAUCUGGUGUCUCUGGCACAGGCGUUGGCCUCAGAGGGCUUCCUGUGUCUCCGCUUCACAUGCAAAGGUUUGAACCUGGGUUACAGAGUGAAGGCUUACCGUGCUGUGUGGGACUAUCUGAAAUCACUGCAGAGGUUUAACAUCAAGCACAUAUUUGUUGGAGGUCGGUCCAUGGGAAGCCGCGCUGCUGCAGCUUUAGCCCGAAAGCUGAGCGAUGAAUCGGAGGAUGCAGUGCAGGGUGUCAUCUGCCUGUCGUUCCCCCUGCACCCACCCGCACAGACACACACCCAUCAGCAGCGCAGUGACGAUCUCAGGGGGCUGCCUGAAAAUGUUCCCGUGCUGUUUGUGUCAGGCACCGAGGACAACAUGUGUGACAGGGUUCUUUUCGAAGGGACAGUAAAGCAAAUGAAAGCCCAAGUGGAGGUCUUCUGGAUAGAAGGAGGCAGCCAUGGCCUGACUGUGAAAGGAAGGUCUGAGGAGUCGGUGCUGGAUGAUGUGAACCUACAGGUCAUCACCUGGAUGAACAAGCAAGGAGCAUAGAUUAAUAUGUUGCAAGAUUGUAUUUUAUUUGUUUUGUUGUGCUUGUUUAAUAAAGGAUUUUUUUACUUUUUUCACAAAA